UCUGCAAUCAUUUCUGGUUCUGCUGCAAGAUGGCUAAAAACUAUGAUGACUUUUUCGACAUGUGGAUUGGCCUUCUUCACCAUGUGACAGGAGAGCACGAGUGGUCACUGGAUGCCUGUCAGCAUGGGCCCUUGGAGGAGCACAGAGACAAGGGGUGGAUAGAGAAGGGGUCUGUGGCCCAUCAGGCUUUAUCAGAUAUCAUUCUCAAUGAGCGCUGGCUGAAGGAGGUACACAAGUACUUGCACUUUAGGUCGACUGCUGAGCUGGAGUCUUUCCAUAAUCAUAUCUUGAUGUAUGCCAGCAAGCGCUUCAGUUUCAGCCCUCCUGUAUAUGAAGCCAGAAUCUUACUGGCUGGCCUGGAUUACAACAGUCAUGUUCACAGACCACCCAAGAGAAGGACUGAUGGCUCAAUAGAAUAUCGCAAACUGUAUAAUAAGAAGUCCAGAAAGUGGAGUCUGUAUGCAAUAAAAGAGGGGAAGGACUACCAUUACAUCCCAGAAAUUCAGAGGGCAAUUGUAAGGAAACGGGUGUCAUCAGGACGUGGACUCCCGCGACUGACAACCAUGAGACCAAAUGACCCACGUCAGCAUGGUGUGCUGUCUGGUGUGCCAGCUCCCACCACACAGGAGCUACUGGAGACCCAAGUCAGCAGGGCAGCUUGGGAUGACCACUCUGUGACCAGGACCCAGAGUCCCACACUGCCAAGCCACAAACUGUCUAUAGGCUGCAUGUCUGAACUGCCUGUUGUCUUCACCUUCGUCUGGAAGGUCAACUACAGCACGCAGGUCAUUCCAGAUCCUCCUGGCGAGACGCAAGACUCCUGCCUGCAGAAUAUGCACCAUGAUGGUUGCCCGGGGAUUGGAGGUGCUCGGGAGUUUGACCCACUCGGCGACCUCUGCCCCGUCUCCCACGUGCCCUGCCUGAUGCUCCGCGCACACCGCUUCCUCUUCUCCCCGUCCGUCGGCUCGUAG